AUAGAUUCUUUAGUUCAAUCUUUGUUUAACAUAUAUACCUGUUUGUUUCUAUACUCUUUUCUCAACUACUAAUUGUAAUUAAAUUAAGUUUAUCAUCCAAUUAGGAAUUCAGCCCUGUUUUGUUUCUUUUGAUUAUGCAGAUAUUCUAACUUGGUUGUAUAUAUCAUGGUUCAACCAUGGUGAUCACCCUAAAGAUUGGAGUUAUCAGCAAGUUCUGCACGUUUUCAGAUCCUAGCUAUAGGUUCGAGCCCAUUACUCUCUGCAAGUUUACAAAUGUUUCUGUAAACUAUUGUGUCGUGCCAAAGGGAUGUUGCAGUAAUGGAUUUCAUAGCUCUUUAGUCUUUUGGAAUCGCUUAUACCGUGACAAAGUUCAUCAACCAUUGCACCAAACCACAUCCAAGAGAAUGCUAUGCCAGCAGCAAGACUCGGUUCCUUCGGAUGACGAUGAGUACCGAUCAUCCCGCAACAUAGCAACCAGUCUGUUCAGGAGAUACCGAAACUUCAUUGACAGAGGAGGAGCUGACAAUCUAAAAGAAUUCAUUAGUGCUGGGGUAAAUGCAUAUGCUCUUGGGUGUACCGAUGAGGGCUUACGAAAAGAACUUACUAAUAUGAAAGAAUCUGGUAUUGAAAUAGAAGAAAUGCAAACUUAUGGAGGAGGUACCAGUCUAAAAUCUAAGAUUUGUUACGAGGAGGAUAUAACUGCAAAGGUAAGCCUCCCAAGUAAUUUUGAAGAGCUUCAAUUUUCAUGGCCCUCUUUUGGUCUGGUUUUAGCAGUCUUGGUCAAUGAGUGUAUAUUGUGGUUGAGUAUUAUCUUCAUAACCAUAUUGUGUACUCCUCAACCUACCAUAGUUCGGUGGUCUCCAACACCGCCUGUUUCAGAUGAGAUCAAACUUCAAUGGAAAGGGUUUUGUGCAAUCAUAGCAAAUGCUUACUAUUUAAGAGGAAUGGCAUGGCUUCCCGUAAAAACACUUCAAAUGGAGCAAAUGGCAGUGGUGGGACAUUCGGAAGAGCCAUCAGUUGUUGCUAGUCGAAUGAGAUUAGUUUUUAGCACGCUUGAGGUUGUUAGUCCACAAUGGCCACGAGUGUAGCAUGGUGAUUAUGGCUGAAAAUGCGUUUGUUUUCUUAUGUAUGUAUAGAAGAGGUAUUUUAGGUCAAAAUACAUUCAUUACACUGUAAUUUCACGUAAAAGUAAGCGCAUGACCCAUUGAUAUUUA